UGGUCGGUGUGAACAUAAGACAUACAGCGACAACAGCGACAACCUCCACUGUGGAAGGAAGGCGACGAGAGAAACAACACCCAGCUAGCGGAGAAAGAGCAACGCGGGGGUUUUCAUAACUGCGUCCUGUGUGUCGCUCUGUCUGUCCGGGACCAGCGGACGAGGAGGGCCAGCUGCGGCGGCUCGCUGUGUGAAAUGCAGCGGUCGGACUUUAUCCACGCAGAGAGUUACCGAGCUAACCACGGGAGUAAGUUAGCCUUGCAGUGAUUUAUGCUAGUGUGUUAGCCGGGUGGGCUGGUGCUGGUGGAGUCGUAAAAGUUGACGUGAUUCCGAUCAUCUCACUUGAAAAGAAGUGUUGGGUUAUUUUGUCACUGUCCUCGCAGCUCGUCUGUUCUCCGCCCCGACAGCUCCCUCCAUCAUCUAUUGACUCCACAUUGUCCGGAGCUGAGGGAUGACAACUCUGAAUAUGGCCAGUGUUUCAGACAGAGACUACAAAACUGGCACUUUUAAGUCAUUGGACUGGCACGUUGCCCAGCUAGUGUACCCAAGAUAAACAUUAUUCAUUUGGACAGUUCAUGUAAUGGCCAAGGAGAGUGACGGGUCUUCUCUUUAUGUCUCACUGGACAAUUGCUCUCAGAGUUGCAUAGCAAUGGGUUACCACUGCUGAAGCCAUCUUCUGUAAAGUGCAUAAAUAUUUGCCUCUGUUGAAGCUCAACGAACUGAUAUUGCUAGACAUGGACUUGCGCUGGAUUUAAAGGCUGUCUGGAAAUCUCAAACGUCACAGCUGUCACCGGGUUGGACAGUUCUCCUGAGCCCUGCUGCCGGUCCCCAGAGCCUAUUGAGGGGCCAACAUGUCAAUGUCAGGGUCCACGACCGUGCAGCUUUUCACCAAGCUUGUCAAGCAUGCGGUGGGCAAGGCACAGAUUCAGCUGAACCGCUGGCUGCAGAGGACUGCCACAGACGAGUGUGACAAAAUUGACAUCCUGAUAUGCAGCGCCUUUGACGAGACAGGGGCCGGCAUUGGGAAGUCAGACGGAGACCCCGAGGUUAUCAGCGCCACAGGGGGGACGACCUUCAGCAACAGUGGAGAGUUCAGACACCCAUGCUGUAUCACCACCUUUUGCUUCAAGAGCGCCCUGCUGGCAUGCAUCCUAACCGCUGUGUGCUUCUCCUCGGUGGCCCUCGUGCGCCAAUACCUCAAGGACCUCCUGCUCUGGGUGGAGAGCUUGGACAGCCUCGUCGGAGCCCUGCUGUUUAUAGUUGGUUUGAUUAUCGUGUCGUUCCCGUGUGGAUGGGGAUACAUUGUUCUUAAUGUGGCAGCUGGCUACCUCUACGGCUUUGUGCUGGGAAUGGGACUAGUUAUGGUGGGAGUUUUAAUAGGAACCUUUGUGGCACACCUGGUGUGCAAACGACUAUUGACUGACUGGGUGCUGAACAAAGUUGGAAACAGUGAACAGCUCAGUGCUGUCAUACGAGUGGUGGAAGGAGGAAGUGGACUCAAAGUUGUGGCCUUAGCGAGACUCACCCCCAUACCCUUUGGGCUCCAAAAUGCAGUUUUCUCGAUCACAGACGUGUCCUUGCCAAACUACCUGGUGGCCUCUUCUGUGGGUCUGUUGCCCACUCAGCUUCUCAACUCCUACCUGGGCACCACGCUUCGCACCAUGGAGGAUGUCAUCGCCGAGCAGAGCGUCAGCGGCUACUUUGUGUUCAUCCUGCAGAUCGUCAUCAGCAUCGGCCUGAUGUUCUACGUCGUGCACCGGGCUCAGGUAGAGCUCAACGCAGCCAUCGCCGCCUGCCAGAUGGAGCUGAAGUCGUCACACAUGAACGGUUCCUCCACCAAUCACAGCGGCUUCACCUACUGCAGCAAAAGGGCGACGGCCGCCAGCGGGAACUGCAUUAAUGUGGUGUGAAUUGACACACGAGGCAGUAAGCCCGUACUACUCGGUGACCGAAUUGUAAGACUGCAGCGCUUGAGGGAUCGGCGUGGUAUAUAAUUUCCAACAUCGUAUUCUUACAACCCUUGUGAGAAAACCCUGAAAGCAUACGUCUUUAGUCUGGACGGUGUUUUCGAAGUGUGGGACCACGCACCUUUGAAGAAAUGGUGCUGAUGAAAAUAGUUUUGCGGUACAUUAUAUUGGGAGGGUUUAGUUUUGUAAAUUAUUUUCAUUAAGGUACUUAACAUUUACUCUGUUACAGGAGAUGUCAAUGAAAUGAUGUUGUUUAAAGAUAUCAGAGGUGGCUGAGUGCUUGAGUCAUUAAAAAAAAAUAAGCUGGGUAUUAACUGCCUGCUAACACUAUGAAUGUGAAAUCUGGAGCUUUCUAGAGAACCAAGGAAUUGUUUUUCAAUUUUAGUGUCAAAAGAUUGCCAACCUAUGCACCUUUCUCUCAUACCACAUCCGUUUUUGUUUUAAGAGAUUUAAUGAUUUAUCUACAUCCAGUACAACAACAACAAAGGGCAUUAUUAAUAUUUUUUUUUAAAGAUUUGUCUUUUUAGUCCAGUUCAUUUGUGUUCAAGUGUCUUAUUUUUGGACUAUGGAGAGAGGAGCAUUACCGGCCUAUCUGACUCUGUGAUUUCUGCUGGCUUACAACCACAUCAGCUGAAUUGGCCUUGUUUGCCCGGAGGUCAUUUUAGCGCUUUUGCAGUUUUGAUAAGAGCAGCUGGAGAGGAGAGCAGAUUUCACAGCAGGAGACUCAGGAAUGUUUCUGCCAGGAAAGUUGAAGUACAGCGUGAUCAGACACAUGUUCCUCUAUAGAAAGAUGCCCACACUGGACUGACGCUGAAGCUUUCCUGUAAAUGUUUAUUAAUAAUAGUUCAUUUUGGGUUGAUUUUUACGUUUGUAUUUGGCUGUGAGAUUAUCCAUUAGAAUUAUUACAUAGUUUUUGCUUAAAAUCAUAGUUUUGACAAUUCUGUGCAAUACGAACAACGGUGACAAAAUGGCAUGAAUGUCAUAUUUCAGUGCUGAAACCAAACUAAUCAGAAAUGCUCUCGCCUGACAAAGUAACAUAAACUUAAGUCUGUGUUUAUUUAAGGGUUUACUUACAUUAUAGACGAGUAAGCUAGAUAAGAUGAAGAGGCUAUUAUUUUUUAUGUGCCAUAAUUUGAUAAAUGCUUAUUAGAUGCCAUGACACUGGCCCCACCUGAGCUGAGGCUACAUGUGACUUAUGACUUAUUUUUAUUACUUAAUAUUGCUGGUAAUUAUAGAAUUUUUUUGUGUGUUUUAGCUCUUAAUAAUAUAUAUUAUAAUACAACAACAAAGCUCUCAUGCUGUAGGUUCUUUUGCACAGUCCACUACAACAGACAAACAUUAUUUUCAUACAGUUAAUACGUUGAACUAGGAAGGGGUUUGGUUGGUCAGAAGUUGAAACUGAUGUGUCUCAGAAGCCGACAAUCAAACACAACACGGACACUAAGUGAUGAAUGUGAUAAUACUUUUUAUUUUUUACAUGAAUUAUUGUGAUGCUGCUCCUCAGACUAUGUCUGAUUGAGGAAUAAUAAGGGCUCUUAUAUGAAAAAUCCAUCUUUAUCUCCCCGUAUUUGUUCACGAAAGCCUGUUUUGUAAUACUUGCAAAAUGUUUUGUUUUUCAUUUUAAUUUUUGUACUACAGUUUUUUUUUUUGUGUCUUCAAAGCCAGAUUUACUGUUCCCCCAAACACAUUCCAUGCUGUCAGUCCUCUGAAAAGCUGUAGUUAUUUUCAUGCUAAAUGUUGGUUGAAAGGGCCCCUUCCUGUCUGAAUUUAGCAAUAAUGUUUGAAAGCAAAAAAUAUGAUAGAAGUCCUACCAAUAAGAUCUUUAGCCAAGUGUUGGGAAUAGCUGUUUACUACCAGUGUUAAAGAUUUUUCUCUCAAAAGUGAUCAAAAACUGCAUUUGAGUUGUUAGUCGAUCCAUGUCCCGCUGUAAGGUUGAGUAUCAAUAUACCAGGUUUGUGUUACAGUGUUACCUCCCGCUGCCUCUGAUGGACAUUUCUGCGCUGCCAAUGAUGGGGAAGAGACACACAAACAUCUGUGAUCAGAACAGCUUGUUCAGAUUUGUAGCACCUUCUUUGGAGAGUCUCUAACAUACUGAUCGCUUAUUGAUGUUUUUAGCGAUCAGGCUCUCACUCCUGUCACUGAAAAAAAUCCUCUGAAUCCAACACACACAUUUUCUCUUCUUGUUUGAAUUAAAAGUUUAUGUAGAGAGAUGAGUACAUUUUCAAAGAUUUAUAAAAAUCUGCUCGCUACUCUCAUAUUUUUCCCCCAGUUCUUAAUGAGAAAAUUUAAAAAGGUUCUUGGCAGCAGUGACAUAUUUUAGGAAGUGUCUCUACCCUCCAAACAAAGUGUGAAUCGAUGAAGCUGUUCAGACGUGGGAAAGAAGUGGAUUUAAUACCAUGUUUAAUGCAAAAAUCAAAUACAAGAAACUUGAUGGGCCACCGUGGACACACUUUCAUCACUUCUCUCAACUGGGAUUUUGAUAAACUUGAGAUUGUGGAAAAAUGUUUUACAGUAAAGGCUUUGGUUCUUCCUAGGUGGGCUCUACUUAGAUAUAGUUAUGCAACAACUGAUUCCUAAGGGAAGUAUAUUUCAUAGACACCCACACAAGACCUGAAUCUGGGAUGUAACUGCACACCUGAACUGUUAAAGGGUCAAGUUAAGGGUCUCGUUUGGUGCUAUGAAAUGCAAUACUUCCCAUCUGUAUCAAGUGCAUUACACAUAUGCUGUAUUUUGUAAUACAGAGAAUUUUACAGUGCAUAAAUAUUGAUAUUUAUCGCUGUACAAUGCUUGUUCAGUGUUAUUUAUGAGCGAAAGAAAAUAAAACCUG